UUCUAGGUUUGCAGUACGUUUCACUUUGUGCUAGAUGUCACUGUGGUAGAUCCGUAUUGCUGCAGAUGUCCAACACGGGGGGGCAGGAUGUUGCUCCAGCUCCAGCUGCAGCACCUGCAGCAGAUGGAAAUGCUGAGCAGCAGCAACAAGGGUUCACUUUCUCUGGUGUUGUCAAAGGCCUCCUUAUACGAGCUGUCUUCAUCUAUUUCAUUACCAGCUUCUUCAGAAGGCCUCAGCCUCAGCAGGUCACUCCUGAUGGAAAUGCACCAAAACCUGCAGUGAAUAUAUUUUCCAAUGGGACUGCAAUGGAUAUGUAUGUGUUCCUGUCAGAAAAUAUAGACUUUGAGGAUUUCAACAACUCUCAGGCCUUACUAUGGCUCCAAGAGGAUCUGGUUUAUGGUGACUGGACUGGAGGUCCAAGUGGAGAUGGGACAUUCACUCGCAGCUUUCAGAUUGAAGCAUCCAUGAAUGUGCAAAAUAAUGGCAGUCUGUUUUUGCAUCUGUUCAUCGUACCAUCUGGACAGUCUCCCGACCCAAAGCAAAGCUCAUUGUAUUCACAUAAGAUGACCAUCAAGCAGACACACCAGCUGAACAAAUUCAAGAAGCGUCGCUUUAGGAAGACUCAGAAUCUGCUCACUGGAGAAACUGCAGCAUCUCCAGAAGAAGUCAAGAAGGCAGAGGAGUCAACUGUGGAAAUAAUAUCCCACUGGCAUCCAAACCUGACAGUGAACAUAGUCAAUGACUACACAGCAUGGACAAUGGGGGCUGUCCCUCCUCCUCUGGAUGAAUAUGUUGAGUUUACAUCAGGAGGAGCUCACUACAAGCCCAUUGUCUUCUUCAAUACAUACUGGAAUCUCUUGCGUGAAUAUCAGCCCAUCAAUGAGACUGCCAAGAUUUUGGAGCUCCACCUUACCUAUCAACCAAUCUCCCUUUUUAAGUGGCAGAUGUAUUCUGCUCAGAACAUGAGGAGUCGCUGGACAUCUGGCUUCCUUGGGGAUUCAUUGGCAGAGGAAGAAGAUGAGGACCAAGAUUCUCUCAAAGAAGCUCUGUUAGAGACCUCUCCAUAUCUGCUUGGACUAACCUUUGCUAUCUCAAUCCUGCAUACCAUCUUUGAGUUCUUGGCCUUCAAGAAUGAUAUCCAGUUCUGGAAGAACAAGCAAUCCCUAGAGGGACUUUCUGUGCGGUCUGUGUUCUUCAAUGUUUUCCAGGCACUGAUUGUUGUUCUCUAUGUGCUGGACAACGAGACCAACACAAUUGUCCGAAUCUCCACAGGCAUUGGUCUCCUCAUUGAAAUCUGGAAGAUCCACAAAGUGGUUGAUAUCAAGAUGAAUCAAGAGAAUCGGAUAUUUGGAAUUUUCCCAAAGAUCUCAUUCCAAGACAAGGGAUCAUACGUGGAGAGCUCAACAAAGCGCUUUGAUGAAAUGGCAUUCAAGUAUCUCUCAUGGGCACUAUUCCCUCUCCUUGCAUGCUAUUCUAUCUACUCUCUGCUAUAUCUGGAGCACAAGGGCUGGUACUCUUUUGUCCUCUCUAUGCUCUAUGGAUUCCUCCUCACCUUUGGGUUCAUCAUGAUGACACCUCAACUCUUCAUCAAUUACAAAAUGAAAUCGGUUGCCCACUUACCAUGGAGGAUGCUGACAUACAAGUUUCUAAAUACAUUCAUCGAUGACAUUUUUGCCUUUGUCAUCAAGAUGCCUACUAUGUACAGGAUCGGCUGCUUUCGAGAUGAUAUUGUGUUCUUCAUCUUCCUGUACCAGCGCUACAUCUAUCGAGUGGACCCAAGCCGGGUGAAUGAGUUUGGUUUCUCUAAGGAAGAGUUGGAGAAGGCAGCUCAAGGGGGACAAACACCAGCAAUAGAGGCAGAAGGAAAUACAGCUGCAGCUGCAAAUGGGGAAGUUCCAAGCGCUGCCAAGAGCUCUAAAGACAAGAAAGAAGAUUGAACACUUGCCACCUUUUUAGCAGAUCACUCUUGUCUAGUCAAAAUCCUUUCCCCCCUGGAAUUUCAUUGUUAUUAUCGUACAUUGAUGUCUUUGAGACGAAGUGCAGCUUGGAUAUAUCACAUAUGCAAAUGGCAUAACCACCCAAUGCUGUGAUUGUGACACAAAAGAUCAGUAUGUCGUUUGUUUUUUGUCAUCCUUCAGAGUAUGGACACUUUCCCUUCAGUUUCAUGGCUGAAUAAAAAUUGAUUUAUCAUA